AUGCUGUCGUUUUUGGCGUCGGCCUCCGGACCGGCAACAGCUGGUGGUGGGGAAAUCUCAGCGGACGACCUCGCGGCGGCGGACCAGCUAGUGCAGCUCAGCGUCAGCGGCGGUGACGGCAGGGACGAGGAGGACCAGUCCUAUUUGUUGUUGGCCCGCUCAGUGAAAACCGCCGAGGACGAGGACGAGGACGAGGAGGACGCUGCGGGCCGGGGGCUCCUAGACCGGAGGGCAAGGAAGCGCUACCGGCUGGUGUUGGAGCUCUACGCCACCACCAGGCUGGUGAAGGCAGCCGGCGCCGGUGGUGGUGGUGGAAGGAGGCAGAAGGGCAGGGACAGGACAGAGAAUUGA